AUGGAUGACACCGUCACGGACGAAUGUCCCGACCGCGCGACCCUUGCCGCGGUACAGCACAUUCCCGUGUACGACAGCAAUGGCUUGGCGCGGCCAUUCGGAGCCCUCUACGAGCCGACACACUCCACACACCAGCGCCAGCUCAUCAUCUUCAUCCGCCAUUUCUACUGCGGUGGAUGCCAGGCAUACAUCAAGGCCCUCGCCGAGAGCAUCACCAUGAGCGAGUACUUCCACAUUCCGAUCCCGACCAAGAUCAUGGUCAUCGGAUGUGGACAACCCAGCAUGAUCAACUACUGGCGCAAUUUCACACAGUGCCCAUUCCCCAUCUACGCUGAGCCGUCCCGAAAGCUGUUUAAGAAGCUCGGCAUGAACGUCUCGAUGAACUUUGGCUUGCGACCGCCAGAGUACAUGAAGGGUACCGGCACCGUCCCGUGGUUGACUAACCAAGUCAAGAAUAUCCACAAGGGACUUUGGGCUCCGGAACCAUCGUUGACGGUCAAGGAUGUCUUCCGUGGCGGCAACCCCAUGCAGGUUGGUGGCGAGUUCCUGUUCGAGGACGGACAGGUUCUAUGGUGCCAUCGCAUGAAGCACUACCGCAAUCAUGCCGAGGUACCUGUCUUGCGAAAGUUACUCGAUCUCGAUGAUUGA